UGGUGUGGGUGAGCGGCAUCGGAGGAGUCGCAGCGAUCGAUCGUUUGUUGGAUUUCUGAGGGCGAGAGGGAGAGAAGUGCGAGUCUAAGACGUUCUCGGACUGUGCAGAUCUGUGGGAGGGGGCCUGACGGAGAACGGCUUCAUCAGGGAUCUUGAACAAAGCUUGUUGAACAUGGAGCGCUCUCUACUGGCGGUCAUAACAGAUGGUCAGAGUGGCAGUGGCGAAUCCAUCUUCGCGUCGAUGAAAUUUGCUGUUCUACCGAUAGCCAAAGUUUUCACAAUGUGCUUUCUGGGGUUUCUUAUGGCCUCCAAGUGUGUCAACAUACUUCCUGCAAAUGGCCGCAAGCUUCUUAAUGGGCUUGUCUUUUCCCUUCUCCUUCCUUGCCUAAUAUUCUCUCAACUUGGGCGUGCAAUUACAUGGCAGAAGUUGCUAGAGUGGUGGUUUAUUCCUGUUAACAUCAUUUUGGCAACCAUAUUAGGAUCUCUUGUUGGUCUCCUUGUUGCUUCCAUUGUUCGACCACCAUAUCCAUACUUCAAGUUCACCGUUAUACAUGUCGGAAUUGGAAACAUUGGGAAUAUACCACUUGUUCUGAUUGCAGCUUUAUGUCGAGAUAAAUCAAAUCCAUUUGGUGACUCCGACAAAUGUAGCCAGGAUGGGAAUGCUUAUAUUUCAUUUGGUCAGUGGGUUGGUGCAAUAAUUCUGUAUACCUAUGUGUUUCAGAUGCUUGCACCACCGCCAGGUGAAACAUUUGAUGGGGCAGAAGAGGUGAAACUUCCAACUAAGAUUUCUGUAAACAACUCUGCACCUGAUCAAGUGCCCUUGCUGACUUCAAAAGAUGCUGAGACCACUAGUCAUGAAUCUUUAAAACAGGGGCAACUAAUUGGCCACCUAUGCCAUCUUGUUGAGAAGCUGAAGAUAAAGCAAGUGUUUCAGCCUCCAAUUAUUGCCUCGAUCUUGGCAAUUGUCAUCGGCGCUGUACCAGCCUUGAAGCACUUCAUCCUAACAGAUGAUGCCCCGCUCUUCUUCUUCACCGACAGCUGCCUUAUUCUUGGGGAAGCAAUGAUUCCAUGCAUUUUGCUUGCUUUGGGUGGUAAUCUUGUUGACGGUCCUGGUGCAGGGAGUAAACGACUUGGCUUACGGACAACUGCUGCUAUCAUAUUUGGGCGAUUAGUAUUGGUUCCUCCUGCAGGGCUUGGCAUUGUCACUGUUGCUGACAAGCUCGGACUUUUUCCCAGGGGUGAUAAGAUGUUCAAAUUUGUCCUGCUGCUGCAGCACACAAUGCCCACAUCAGUCCUCUCUGGUGCAGUUGCCAGUCUAAGAGGCUGCGGAAAGGAAGCCGCUUCUGUUCUAUUCUGGGUUCACAUUUUUGCUGUCUUCUCCAUGGCUGGAUGGAUUAUUCUUUAUCUGCGCAUACUUUUCUGAGCUUUGUAUAAUCUCACCAGAAUGAUCGGUGUACAUAUAUUCUCGCUGGAGUAAGGCAUUAAUAGGAUGAUCGUGAUUGCAUCGUUUGCCGAAGCUGGUGCUUCUACUGAAGACAGUGGUUUUGCUAUAAAUGUGCAGUGACGUGGUGCCAAAAGCAUUAUCACCGUCUUCUUUACUUCUUUUUCCCUUGCUAGUAUAUGAGAGAUCCAAAACGUUCUUACCGGUGAUCCGCAUACUCUUCCGAAGAGUCAGCCUAUCCAUCAGAGGAUCCAGUUCAGAUCUACCUCUUGCUCGAAAGAAUUACCCACUUCAUUUGUAUUCCAAGAAUGGAACAAGGCUUUCAGUUCGAGUAUUUGUAACCACUGGGUAGAUUCAUCCAGCAUCAUAAAACACUUUCCUUGGAAACAUUACAAUUUGAUUGUAUUGAGAUUAAAUUGUAAUAAUGUUUCAUGGCUGUUGAAUCUUGCUUCUCCUG